UUUUGAAAUUAGCAGGCAAAGUGAUUCUACUGCCCCUAGUGGAAUGAUGAUGAACUACAAAGUAGAAAACAUGGAUCAGGUUAUAUGUACUGGGGGUUUUAAGGAAAGUUUUAAUCACGCUAAUGAGAUAGUGAACUUAGAAAUAAGUGUAUUAAAUAUGAAUAUAUAAGGUUUGGUUGUAGGGCAAGAAAAAAUAUUUUUUUAAUGAUACUAAAUGUACACUUGUUGCUUUUCAGUCUUAAAAGGUUAAUGAGACCACCUGUUAGUCAAUCUCAAGUAUUGGAAAUUGAAGAAAAAAAAUUCCAAAAGGUGGAAGUUUUGUGAUUGUAUUAAAUUGUGCGUAUUAAAAAAACGCCCGCAAACCUCAUGAAAACUCACUCUGGUUCAGACAGACGUGACACUCUCAAAGACAAACAGUGGUUUUACUUUCAUGGAGCAGUUUUACAGGAAACUGAAUCAUGGGGUUUUUGGGAAGUUCGGAAGAAAAAAACAGAAAAAAGGAGAGGUUGAUGAAAUCAGAUCAGUCAUUUUCAGUUAAACUCAUGAUUGUGUACCGGUAGCUUAAAUUCAUGACCUGAUGAGAGAUAUUUAGUUGUAACAUUUUCAGUAUAUAACACGAUAAUUCCACCAAACUGCACGAAAAAAUCACUUCCAAGUAGUAUGUUUAGUCAUUUUUUACAUGGAAAAAAAGGAAAUCAAUUUUGUUUCAUAAUGAAAUAAACAUGGCUUUACUGUAUAAUAAAAAAAUAAUUAUCAACAAAUUUUGUUAUUCUAUCAAUAUAGAUAGUAGACAUUUUAAAAAAUGAAUAACAAUAGAGGAGUUAUUCGUUGUGAAAAUUAGCAAUACUUUCUUGCCAAACUGGUUCUGAGAUUUUACGGAGGCAGCCAUUUUGGAAGGAAUAGGAAAAGUGAUUCUACUGCCCCUAGUGGAAUGAUGAUGAACUACAGGGGAGAAAACAUGGCUACAAGUUACACAAUGGGUUAAAAAGGAAAGUUUUGAUCACGCUAAUGAAAUAGGACUCUUAGAAAUGUGUUUACCACAUGUGAAAGAAAUGGUUAUUUAGGGUUAUUAACUUUUUUUGAUCUUAGGUUGGGUCAAAAUUCCUUCAUUGCUUACUACAAAGUGCACUACUAGUGUGUUCAGCAUUUAGCUGACUGAAUUUUCAGAAUAUAAAUCACUCCAGAAUAUAGUUCGCAGCUGCCAAAAAGUGCAUUGUAAACCGGUUAGUAUCUGGUGAGCACUAUUUAGUAGACUAACUGGUGAGCACCAGUUAGUGUCUGUUAAACACUGGUUAGUAUCUGGUACGCACUGGGUAGUAAUAUGGUGAGCACCAUUUAGUAUUUGGUGAGAACCAAUUGAUAUCUAGUGAGCAGCAGAUGUUGUGUUUUACUUAAAUUUCCUUUAUGAGAUUUGUAGAUUACUUCCUGCAUAAUCAGACUGAAUUUAAUAAUAAUAAAUUGGAUUUUCUUUUAAUGACUGGUUUGUUGUUUACAAUUUUGCGCAGCACCUCACCCUUCCGUCAGGGGUCGUUACAGCGAAUCGGAUUUUACUGUUUCACACAGGUGUUUUGGCAGAGCUUUACUACCGGGCAUAGGGAGACUUGCGCCCCCUUGUGGCUACAUAGUUAGGCAGUAAGAUAUUAUGAGUUUUAUGAAAAAAUAUGAAUAAGCUCAGUAUUUUUUAUUUAUUUAUUUUUUAGAUAAUUCGAUUUUUUGGCUCAUCUUAAGUCAAAAAGAAUGAUUUGGAAUUAAAUAAACAAAUGAAAUCAUAAAAUCAAAUAAAUGUAGCCUUAAGCGGACAAAACGAGCACGCGUCUUAAAAAAAUGUUAGUAAUUUGCAUAAGACAGCCCUCGGUGAGGCGUUUGGGGAAGAGGUCACUGUAAACUCCUGAGAGGCGCCAUGUGACAGCCAGAGCCGCAGCAGCUGACGCGUCCUGACCAACGCCGGUGCGCUUUUCUCAUCGAUUCUUUCCCCUUUCCCCGCGAGAACACACCUGCGGCUGAUAUAUUUGACCACCGAGCUUUAAAAAAAAACAAAAAAAACUUGAGAUGUUUUGGUUCACGCAAGGACUCUGCUUCCUGCCUCUCUUCUUGGUCGUCUCGUCUUCCAGCACUUUCAUUGUUUCCUAUAUUGUUGCCGUUUUCAGACGAGACGUGGACGUGAUUUUCCCAUACAUAAGUGACACAGGCGCAAACCCUCCAGAAAGCUGCAUUUUCGGCCUGAUGACGAUCAUUUCUGCAUGUGCAGGAACUGCCACCAUAUAUGCCAGAUAUAAGUUCGUGGAGAGGUUGAACGAGGAUUUAGUAAAUGCAAAACCUCUUCUCAAUAAAUGUGCUCUGUGGUUUGGGAUGACCUCCUGUGUGGGAAUGUGCAUUGUUGCAACUUUCCAGGAAACAGCAGUGACUUACGUCCACGACUUUGGGGCUCUGGUGUUUUUCAUCUCCGGUGUCGGCUACAUCAUUCUCCAAACAAGAAUUUCAUAUUUUAUCUAUCCACUAGGGUCCACUGCAAGUAUGUGUCGAGCUCGGGUGGCUAUCACAAUCAUCGCUGCUCUUGCAGUUUUCCCCACCGUAAUCUGCACCUUCUUUGUCAAACAAACCCAGCUGCACAGACACAAGGAAGAUAAGGAUUAUCCCUUUCAUGUUGCCAGUGCGGUCUGUGAGUGGAUUGUUGCCUUCAGCUUCGUCUGCUUCUUCCUCACGUACCUUAAUGACUUCCAGCUGUUUACCUUACGGGUGAAAACCGAGUACGGGGAGCGAUCCUGAACAUUUGCCCUCAAAGUUGGAUGUUUACGACAGUGCAGAACUGCUAUUACUAACUUUUUGUACCGUCCUUUUGACAAGUUUUACUGCAAUCCAGUUUUUUUUAUUUCAUAAUGAAGUGUAACACAUUGAAAAUUUUGUAUUUUUUUUACAGUUUUUUAGUCAUUUUUUUCAUAAAUGUCACUUUGCUCCAUUGUCUUCACACGUAUAGGAUCAUAGGAAAAGUUCAUCACACAAUGCACACAUAACUGCUGUGAUGCAUAAAAGUAGUGAUCACAACUCUGCUAACCUAUUUGAAAAAUGAAAAAAUGUGUUUGACUGAAUUUUAUUUUUUUACAUAGUUGUGAAAAGUUUCAUGUUGAAAGCUCGGUUUGUUUUUUAAUGUUUGCUGCUCCGACCCUUAAAAAACACCACCUGACACCUCAGUAGCAGCUAUUUAUGGAAGUUUGCUGGUUCUAAAUGUGGUUUAAGGGAAUUAAACUGUUUUCUCAGUACAGCUUAAUUUAAUUUAACUUGUGAAGUAAACAUAGAUUGAAACCAAUUGAGAUUAAAAGGGCUUUUUUUGCAUUAUUAUCGCAAUCAAUAAAGUAUUAAUGGCAUUUUUAAAUUCAAAACUAUUUAUAUGGAUCUAAAGCGUUUUUUUAAAACCAAAAUUUUACAAAAAAUGUCUCUAUUUUUAUCUUAAAUUAAAAAUUAAAAAAAGGUUGAGGGUACCCCUUUGGUCAUAUCAGGGUCACCUUUUAAAAACUGUUUCUGAUCAUGUUUACGAAUCGUGUUUUUACUAUUCGUUUUGUAGCUUUCAGGCCACAAUGGUACCAUUUCAGAAAGGCUGUUUUUUUGCAGCACAGCUGAUAAAAUGUGAAAUAAAUCCAUCCUGCAGU